GUGGAAAGUUCAACCGUUGGCUCCCUGUAAGUGUAAAGGUGUUCUGGAAAAGAAUGAUUUGUUCCCCCUUCAAAUCCAAGCCCACCAAGAAUUGGCAAAACUAAUAAAUUCAUCUAAAGAACAGAACAGAAAGCACAAAGAAACGAAAUAUAUUAUGGGUAUCUCUGAAGAAGAACAAAAUAUUAAAGACAUUGCAGAUACAUUACAGAUACCAUGGAAACUAAACAUAUCGAAUGUGUAUAAACUAAGAAACGAGAUUGCAAAGUCAGUUCAUACUGAAAUGAUUCUUAACCAAAAUGACGUCAGACUAUCUGAAACUAUAAGAUACAUGAACCAGAAUAAAACCGUAACAAUAAGUAAAAAGUUUUACAACAUGCUACCAAAGAUAUCCCCUAUCAAAGGUAAUAAUAAACGAUGUGCUAUUGUGGGAAAUGGUGGAAUCUUAAGUGGAAGUAAAUGUGGCAAUGAAAUAGACAUGGCUGAUUUUGUUAUUAGAUGCAAUGCUCCUCCAAUUAACCAUUUUCCAGAAGAUGCUGGUCUUAAAUCUAAUAUAACCACAUUUAAUCCUACGAUUCUAACACUUCGGUAUGUAUUAUGCAGAUUGAGUCUAACAUCCUUACUUAGAAAUAUCAUCCGUAGAGAAGAGAAUAUAUUACAAUUUUACAGCAUUGUAAUUACGACCGGAGCCGCCAUGUCAAUUGCGAUAUACGACAAUAACGCAAUACCAGUAAGCUUAAAAAUAUUAUCAGCAAAAAAUGAUGUAUGUGGGCUUAAGUUUCGAGUAACUCCCACUCAUAAAAAAUAUGAUUGCAGGACAUAUAGAAAAUGUGUAAAUUUUACACAUUUUCUAUAUGUCCUGCAAUCAUAUUUUUUGCGAAUGUCCCUCUUCGUCUCUAUUGCAUGUCUUGUUAAAUGA